CGUCGCCGCGUUGACUCCACCAUCAACAUGGCGCUGGCAAAGACUGUGUACAAUUUGCUCUUUAGGAGAACGUCUACUUUCGCCGUAACCAUCAUGGUCGGGGCUGUCCUCUUCGAACGAAUAUUCGACCAAGGCGGGGACGCAGUCUUUGAACAAAUGAAUCGCGGGAAACUGUGGAAACACAUCAAACACAACUACGAGAACAAGGAAGAAUAAUGGGGACGCCGGCUGGAUCAUCGUCAUGGCUGGACUCGACAACCACCGAAGCAAGCAACAACAAAAACGGACUCUAUGUGCUUCUAAUUUGUCCUAAAGUCUGCGAAGACCACCGCCAAGAUGGUCGUCCUUCUCCCCGUUCCUGUCAUUUGUACACCUUGCAUUCUGUAAAUGAUUAAAUUAAAUGUGUUGAUGUCUUA